AUGGCGGCGGCGCGAGGGGCCCGAUCUGGGGUUUCGGCUGCUGCGGCGGUGCUGGUUUCGGUUCUGCUCGUGGGAGGUCUGGCCUCGGGCGGCGCGGGGGCCGAGAUCCGAAGGCAGAAGAACGUGCAGGUGGCCCUCCGGGCCAAGUGGGCCGGCACGCCGCUGCUGCUCGAAGCCAGUGAAUUACUUUCAAAAGAAAGGAAGGAUCUGUUUUGGGAUUUCAUCAACCACUGGAAGGAACUGGACAAAGGCUCUGAAUGUUCGACGGCAAAAUGCUGUGCCCAGAAGAUUGUUGAGGAUGCCCGCACACUACUCAAUGAGCCACUCUCUUCAAUUUUUGAGUUUUCUCUUACCCUUCGAUCAGCAUCGCCAAGAUUAGUGCUUUACAGGCAGCUUGCAGAGGAGUCAUUAUCUUUGGUUUCUAUUAAGGAUUCACUAGAGCAAAUUUCUGGUCAUGGUACUGGAGAAAAUUUUGAUGAGGCUGCAGGUCCUAACUCUUCUGGAGGAACUUGCUGCUGGGUGGACACAGGGAAUGUUCCUCUGUUCAAUUCAGCUGAUCUACGUGAAUGGCUGGAGGGCUUGGGCAAGCUAGAUGCGGACUCCACCGAACAACCUGAACUCUUUGACUUUGACCAUGUAUAUUCUCGUGCAAAUAUUACCGCUCCAGUUGCUAUAUUUUAUGGGGCUGUUGGGACAAAAUGCUUCAAAGAGCUGCAUGUUCAACUAGCAGAAGCAUCAAAGCAGGGAAAAGUCAGGUAUGCUCUGCGCCCUGUCCUACCAUCUGGAUGUCAGGCUACAUCUAGCUUUUGUGGUUCAGUUGGUGCUGUAGAUGCAGUCACCUUAAGUGGUUAUGGGGUAGAGCUUGCCCUCAAAAACAUGGAAUACAAAGCCAUGGAUGACACUGCUAUAAAGAAGGGUGUUCCUCUAGAAGAUCCUAAGACUGAAGACCUCAGUCAAGAAGUCAGAGGGUUUAUAUUUUCCAAGAUUCUGGAACGGAAGCCGGAGCUAAAUGCUGAGAUUAUGGCCUUCAGAGAUUAUCUGUUGUCAUCAACAGUAUCUGACACACUUGAAGUAUGGGAACUCAAAGAUCUGGGUCAUCAGACAGCACAGCGGAUCGUUCAAGCAUCAGAUCCUUUACAGUCAAUGCAGGAAAUAAAUCAAAAUUUUCCAAGUAUAGUUUCUUCACUAUCACGAAUGAAGCUUGACAAUUCCAUCAAAGAUGAAAUUAUUGCAAAUCAGCGAAUGGUUCCACCUGGCAAGUCACUGAUGGCUUUGAAUGGUGCUUUGAUUAAUAUUGAGGAUCUUGAUCUUUACCUGUUAAUGGAUAUGGUCCACGGAGAAUUAUCCCUGGCUGAUCAGUUCGCACGGUUAAAGUUGCCUCAAAGUGCUGCCCACAAGAUCCUGUCAGCUUCUCCACCAGCAGAAUCUAAUUCCUUUCGCGUUGACUUUCGGUCUUCCCAUGUGCAUUAUCUUAAUAACCUGGAGGAAGAUGACAUGUACAGAAGAUGGAGAAGCAACAUCCAGGAGCUAUUGAUGCCAGUCUUCCCUGGUCAGAUGCGUUACAUCCGAAAAAAUCUCUUCCAUGCUGUUUAUGUGUUUGAUCCUGCUUCAGCCUGUGGUGCAGAGACCAUCGACAUGGUCCUAUCUCUCUAUCAAGAUAAUGUCCCUAUAAGGUUUGGUAUCAUAAUGUAUUCUUCAAGACUCAUCAAUGGCAUUGAAGAAAGUGAUGGCACUCUUCCAGUAAAUGAUGGAGAAGACACUUCCAUUUUGAUAACAAGGCUUUUCUUGUACAUCAAGGAAACAUACUCAACACAGUUGGCAUUUGAAUUCCUCAGCAAUAUACAUAAAUCAAGGAAUGGUGAAGAUUACUACAGUGAAGAUCUUAUUGAAGCUCAUCACGUUGAAGUGGCAUUUGUUGAUUCAUUAUUGUCAAGUGCUAAAUCUCACCCUCAAGAUGUGCUGCUAAAGUUGCAAAAAGAUAACAUGUACAAGGAGGAGGCUGAACAAAGUUCUCGUUUUGUUCACAAGCUUGGAUUGUAUAAGCUGCAGUGUUGUCUAUUGAUGAAUGGACUUGUCCAUGAAUCAAAUGAGGAUGCGACUAUGAAUGCUAUGAAUGAUGAGCUUCCUAGGAUUCAAGAACAAGUUUACUAUGGGCAUAUCCAAUCCCAUACAGAUGUUUUAGAGAAAUUUUUGUCGGAAAGCAGCUACAAGCGGUACAACCCAUCAAUUACUGGCAAGAGUGCAGUAAAGAAAUUUGUUUCGCUCUUUGCAUCGUAUCAUCAGGAAGACUCUGUAUUGAAUGACAUGAAGUACUUACAGUCUCCUGGAACUGUAGAUGAUGCGAAACCUGUAACUCAUCUACUUGCUAUUGAUCUUUCGUCAAAAGUUGGAACAAAAUUGCUUCAUGAGGCCAUACGUUACCUGAUGGACGGCACUGAUAGAGCUCGUGUUGGUCUGCUACUUUAUGUCCGCAGUGGUUGUUCACCGCCUAUUCUACUUCUGAAAGAUAUCUUUGAUAGAACUAUUUCAUCUUUCAGCUACAAAGAAAAGGUAUUGGUCUUCCUGCACGAACUCCUGAAAUUUUAUGAAGCGCAACCUACGCCUGCCUCUUCAGUUGCUGGUGAUUGGACUAGAACUAUGAUGGAAAUGGUCUAUAGCUUAGCUGCGGAAACUGCUUUGUCUGUUGAUGAUUAUAAAGCGUGGUUUAAAAGUUUCUCUGCUGAUGCAGUUCCCAAAGGGAUGGAUAAGUUAUCUGACUUCUUAUUUGGGCAAUUGGGGCUUGUGUUUGGUAGUAAUGCUGUGAUAACCAAUGGACGGGUUUUUGUUAUGAAUGAAGGAGAACCAUUUUUGGCCAAUGACUUAGGUCUCCUCGAGUCUAUGGAGUAUGAUUUGAGAACAAAAUACAUAUUUGAAAUAAUUGAAGAGGUUGAAUUUGCUGGUGUUGACCCUGAUGACCUGACAAGCCAAUUCUACAGCGACAUUGCCAUGUUGGUCUCGUCAUCAAUGUCUGUUCGUGAAAGGCCAUCUGAAAGAGCACAUUUUGAAAUUUUGCAUGCAGAACAUAGUGCUAUCAAAUUGAAUAAUGAGAAUUCAAGUAUUCACAUUGAUGCUGUCAUUGAUCCGCUAAGUCCCACUGGGCAAAAACUUGCCCCACUUCUACGCAUACUCUGGAAACAGAUUCAGCCGAGCAUGAGGAUUGUACUUAAUCCUAUUAGUUCCCUCGUAGAUCUUCCCUUAAAGAACUUCUACAGAUUUGUUCUUCCAUCAAUGGAUGAUUUUAGCAAUACAGAUUAUUCUGUACAUGGGCCUAAAGCUUUCUUUGCAAAUAUGCCACUUUCAAAAACACUUACAAUGAACAUAGAUGUUCCAGAACCAUGGCUUGUUGAACCAGUUGUUGCCAUCCAUGAUUUAGACAACAUUCUUCUAGAGAAUCUCGGUGAUGUUAGAACUUUGCAGGCAGUAUUUGAACUUGAAGCUCUCCUCUUGACAGGUCACUGCAUGGAAAAAGACCGAGACCCUCCCCGUGGUCUGCAGUUUAUCCUUGGUACAAAACAAAGACCACACUUGGUAGACACACUUGUCAUGGCCAACUUGGGUUACUGGCAGAUGAAAGUCUCCCCUGGUGUGUGGUACCUACAAUUGGCUCCUGGCCGUAGUGCCGAUCUAUAUGAGCUACCUCCAAAACUCAUUGCCAUUGAUAGCUUGAGAGGCAAACUAAUGCACAUUGAAGUUCAAAAGAAGAAAGGCAAGGAGCGUGAGGAGUUACUAAAUGCUGCAGAUGACCACCACUUUCAGGAAAAGAUGGAUAACAAAGGCUGGAAUAACAACAUUCUGAAAUGGGCUUCUAGUCUCAUUAGUGGUGAUGCAUCAUCAAAAAAUAAAGCUGAUAAAAUCACCGACCGUAAGGAUGCAAGACAAGGGGAGACCAUAAACAUUUUCUCUGUUGCUUCUGGGCAUCUAUAUGAGCGUUUCCUCAAAAUAAUGAUUUUGAGUGUUCUAAAGAAGACGCAGAGGCCUGUGAAGUUUUGGUUCAUAAAGAAUUAUCUAUCUCCACAGUUCAAGGAUGUCAUACCCCACAUGGCUCAGGAAUAUGGAUUCGAAUAUGAGCUCAUCACAUAUAAAUGGCCAACAUGGUUACACAAGCAGAAAGAGAAGCAAAGAAUUAUAUGGGCAUAUAAGAUAUUAUUUCUGGAUGUCAUAUUUCCACUUUCAUUGAGGAAGGUGAUUUUCGUUGAUGCUGAUCAAAUUGUGAGAGCAGACAUGGGAGAACUAUAUGACAUGAACCUGAAGGGUCGCCCGCUUGCAUAUACUCCAUUCUGCGAUAACAACAAGGACAUGGAUGGCUAUCGAUUUUGGAAGCAAGGUUUUUGGAAAGAUCAUCUGCGAGGAAGACCAUACCAUAUCAGUGCGCUUUAUGUUGUUGAUUUGGCCAAAUUUCGGCAAACUGCUGCUGGGGAUACUCUACGUGUCUUCUAUGAACAACUCAGCAAGGACCCCAACAGUCUCUCUAAUCUUGAUCAGGAUCUCCCAAAUUAUGCUCAACAUACCGUGCCUAUAUUCUCUCUUCCUCAAGAAUGGCUAUGGUGUGAAUCUUGGUGUGGAAAUGCCACAAAGGCUAGAGCAAAGACCAUUGAUCUAUGCAACAAUCCAAUGACAAAGGAGCCAAAGCUUCAGGGUGCUAGAAGAAUAGUUCCGGAGUGGGUUGGUCUUGAUAGUGAAGCACGCCAGUUUACUGCACGAAUUUUGGGGGAUAAUCUUACUCCGGAAGCCACUUCCCCACCAUCUGAGACACCAAAACCUGACGAUAAAGACACUGAUCAGAAUGUGAAAGACGAGCUAUGAUCGACAGCUGUUUCCCAGGCUUGAUCGUACUGACUGAAGGUCUGAUGCCUCAGCAGUUCACGACAUGGCUAGAAGGGCUAAUUAAACACAGGUACCACAUCAUAGGAAUUCGUCACAACGCAAGACCUACGCAAGACCUGGAGUCCCGGACCAUGAGGCAUGCACCGCAAGCCAAGGUAUUGAGGUUACACUAAUCGUUUCCAGACCUGUCACUAUCUUGUCAGAAUAGGUUGACACGUGAGUCUGCUUGGGUGAUGAACUGGUCUGCUGCACACACAGUAACAGUCAACAAUUCACACAUUUCAGAUGUUCUUGUGACGCUGUAAAAUUUAUUGGUAGCUGCCAGUCGAAAGCCAACAGCAGGCUGGGAGCUAAAACGCCCGAGAAUUUUGUAGUCACCUGUUGAAACUCAAUAGUAAGACGAUGCCUGUCGCAUGAACCUCGUGAAA